UUUUCUUGCUUCCUUUCCACUUUCCUCAUUUUCCAUCUCUGCCUUUUCUGUUUUACUUAUAACCAAACAAGAAACAAAGGCACAGAAUUAUCAUUACCUCACCAUUUCCAUGGAAAUUCAAUCCAAUUGGGAGGAUCAGAACGAUCCCUUUGAGUCUGGUUUGAGCUCCAUUGUUACGUCUCCUGCAGCCUCCAAUGGCAGUGCCAUUCCUGCUGAUGCUUUUAUGAUCAGAGAAGUUAUUGGAAGACUGGGAAACAUUUGUAAUUCUUCUGAUAUUUCACCCCAAUCUUAUCUUAAUAAUACUUUCUCAAUUCCCUUUGAAUCAAAAAAGCUUGGUGGAUCUAACGAUGGGAAUAAGAAAUUCAGUAGGUCUUCAACGCCUGAGGAGUCUUCAGUCUCAGACCAGAUCCCGAAACCCCAAAUUGAUUCUAAUCCCAGAAAAAGAAAAUCCAUUCCAAGACCAAAGUUGGUAGCAGAAACUGAGGAAUCUGAUACAAAGAGAAGCAAGGCAGAGACAAAUACAAAUGAUAAUUCAAAGCCACCAGAGCCACCAAAAGAUUAUAUUCAUGUGAGAGCCAGAAGGGGCCAAGCGACGGAUAGCCACAGUCUGGCUGAGCGAGUACGUAGAGAAAAAAUCAGUGAAAGAAUGAAGUUCCUUCAAGAUCUUGUUCCAGGUUGUAAUAAGGUGACUGGAAAAGCAGUCAUGCUUGAUGAAAUUAUUAACUACGUCCAGUCACUGCAGCGCCAAGUUGAGUUUCUCUCUAUGAAGUUGGCUUCUGUGACUCCAAGAAUGGACUCGAACAUGGAUGCUCUUCUGUCAAAAGAUAUGUUUCAAUUAUCUCGUGGAUCUGGGCAACCUACACUUUAUCCAGUAGAUUCUUCAGUAACACUCCCUUUUGGGUAUCAGCAAGAGCUGCCUCUGUAUAAUAUUAGUAAUGCAGAAAAUCAAUUUUUAAUUAACCAAUUGCAUCAAAAUCCAAGCAUGCAAUUCCCUCCCAUUAAUGAAGCUGCCUUUCAGGUUCCAUCAUUCUGGGAGGACGACCUUCAAAGCCUUGUUCAAAUGGGUUUUAACCGGAAUCAGCCACAGGCCUUUCAUGGGUCAAUGGGUGAAGGUCAGUUGAAAAUUGAGUUGUAAUUACCAGCAAUAAUCAACAAAAAAGUUUUAAUUGGAUUGAAGCCCCAGCCCAGUCCCCCGAAAAGAGAGGCUUCUGUACAUAGAGAUGGAUUUGAGUGAAGAAGAAGAGAGCAUUAUUUAUUUCUCAUUCUAAUUUGGCUUAUUGUUUGAUUAGAGGUCUUAGAACUAAUUGCAAAAUGGGAAAGUUUUGGUUUCAACCAUAAAUUAAGGAAGAUAUGUUUUCAUUGAGAAUGAUGGGUUUGUUUAGAUUGAUGAAAGUGGCGUAAAUUGUGGGAAAAGGAAAAUAGAUUCUUACUUGUAACCAGCUGUUAAGUGGGGACAAAAUAUGGUAUGUUAAGUCCAACUGAUGAUUAAGAAUGAUUUGUUUUGAGCUGGAAUCCAACCCCUUUUCUUUCUAUUUUACUGUUUAACGAUUUUGACAACCUAUUUGCCUCAAAAGCACAGGUUGGGAGUUGGAUGUAUGGAUACCAUUCCAGAUGGAUCCACUACCUUUAUGUGAAAAAUCCAUUACUCGUUGAAUGUUUUUAUUUGACAUGUCCAAUUUUUAAAUCACUUUUUUUUUUUUUGGU